AUGGCCUUCAUCUUUCUCAACCACUUCCUGGACCUGUGUGACGCCAUUGACGAGGGCACCCUGGAUUGUCUGGAUCACUCCGACUUCCUGGACACUGACAUUCCCUUCGAGGUUCCGGUUCCGACCAAACUCUGCGUCACCGUUGAUCAACGGGAGCAGAUCCGGGACUGGGUUCUGAUGAUGUCCAUGGACCAGCGGGUGGAGCAGGUUCUUCCCCGUGACGACAGGAACACGUACGAAGCCUCGCUGGUGGCGGCGAGCACCGGACUCCGCUCGCUGCCCUGCGUUCUGACCGGAUACCCGGUGCUUAGGAAUAAAAUUGAGUUUUCUUCAGCGGGAAAAGCAGCCAACAAGGAAGACUGGAACAAAUUCCUCAUGGCUACGAAGACCACUCACAGCCCAGAGUGUCAGGACGUCCUCCAGUUCAUCAGUCAGUGGUGCGGUGGUCUCCCAACCUCCGGCUUCUCCUUCCACUGACACAAACGCACUCAAGCUUGUAACGUGCGUUGUUUUAUUUAAUUACAUGCUUCCAUCUUCACCAGCCGACACGUUUAAAAUGUCCAAACUUAGAUUUCCUCUGUUUCCUGUGUGACUCCGACACCAGCGUUCUUUUCAGCGCAGCGAACUCGUCCUCCCAACAUUUUAUUUUUAUCCCAUUUAAAUGAUGUUUAAAUUCAUUUUGGAUCACAUGAAGAAUUAACUCCCGAAGAAGAGAGCAGUCAAAAAUAAGAACAACAAAUAUUUAAAAGCAGCCAAAUUUUACUAUUCGAACACGUCUGACGAAGCUGAACAUAUGUACCGGUAUGCAAAGUUUAUUUAACA